AUGGCGAAUCAGUACAAUUAUGCCGGUCAACCACCAUAUCAACAAGGCGCCGGAGGUUACUACCCGCAGGGCAACAAUCCGUACCAAGCUGGCCCUCCACCGCCUGGAUGGAAUCCGCAAGCUGGACAACCGGGCGGAUACGCUCCAGUACUGCCACCUAGAAUGCCGAUGCCAACAGGCGCCGUCAGCGAUGCUGAGCAAGGAAAUAAACCGACUUUCGGUUUUGAUUCACAAACAAUCCGAGCUGCCUUCGUUAGAAAGGUGUUCACUAUGGUCGCAAUAAUGCUAACAGUGGUUGCGAUCAUGACCGCAAUACCGUUCAUGAGUCGUGAUGUGAUGCGCACAGUGCAAUCCUCACUAGCACUCUACUGGGUCAGCUAUGGCACAUUUUUCGUGGUGUAUUUGGCGUUGAUGUGCUGCGAAAGUAUUCGCAGAUCAUUCCCAAUCAAUCUGAUCGCAACCGGAAUACUGACCCUGGCCAUUGGUUACAUGACCAUGAUGAUUUGCUCGUUCAAUAAUAUCGUUUCGGUGCUUCUAUGUCUGAUCAUCACGGCUGUUUGUUGCGUUGGCAUCAUCAUCUUCUCGUCACAAACCAAAUAUGAUCUGACAAGUAUGAUGGGAAUCGUGUUCAUCGCAUCCAUGGUGUUGUUCGUCUUCGGUCUAGUGGCUGUUAUCUCGGCAAUGGUAUUUCACGUAAGAUGGCUUUAUACAGUUUACGCGGGCCUUGCUGCACUCCUCUUCAUGGUCUACUUGGCUAUUGACAUUCAAAUGCUGAUGGGUGGAAGGAAAUACGAAUUAUCACCAGAAGAGUACAUCUUUGCAUCGAUUCAGAUCUUUUUGGAUAUCAUCUACAUCUUCUGGAUGUUACUUUCUUUGUUUGGAUCCAACAAGUAA